GGGGCCGGGGCCGGGGCCCUUUUCUUUCCCUCCCUCGGGGAAUCGGCUGGCCCCGGCUCGGAAAGCAGGAGCUGAUGUUCCCCUUGGCUCUAAAGUGUCAUCGAUUAAAAACAGCUUCCUGGGGCAGGAAACCAUUGCCCCCCUUACAGAGGCUGGACAACCCGCCGCCUCCUCCCACUCGAGCCCGCUCUGAAGCCCCGUGGUUGUAUGAAGAUGGUAUCCCAUGAGAAAAGUGUUCGGAUCUGAUCCAGAGCCCACGAAAAACAGAGCUUCUCUGGAGGAGGGUUCGCUACGUUUACCGUAUCGCAGUAUCUGCCCAGAACUGAAGGCUGACGUCAACAGGAAACAAUGAAGGAUUCACAGCGGUGGAAAGAGUCCCAGUCCAGGAGUGACCCUUCGGAAUUCACCGAGAAGGAGAAGGAGAAGAUGGCUGAGACCGAGCUCCAGAAGCUGCAGCAGCAGUUUCGGAUCAUGGUAGAAAGACGGAAGUCUUUUGGUGUCAAGGCUCAACAGGAAAUGUACCAUCAGGAAAAAGAAAUAUAUUCACUGAAGCAGGAACAUGAAGAGAUUGCAUUACUCUUGAGCCUUACAAAGUCACAGAGAAAUAUGAUGUUAGAUGACAGAAAUUGUAUGGAGCUUAAAUUUCUCUUACAGACCAAAGAGGAAUAUGAUUCUCUGAUUAGAGCAACAAAAGCCCUGAUAGCUGAACUUGACGAUAAGGUAAUGGAGAUGGAAAAAAAGAUCAAAACCCAAAAAUUGGUUGUAGCAAAGGUGAAACAAGUGAAUGAUAGCAAAUGGCUGCAAAAGCAGAUUCAGAUGCUGGAGAAUCGCCUAAACCAUGUCACUGUCCAUUUCGACACCAUCCUGACCACAAAUGCCACACUCAGAGAAGAGAUUGAAAACCUGCGAUGUCAGAAAGCUAUUUUUGACAAUUUAUAUUCAAAACUUCAUAAAAAACUAGAUCAGCAAAAGAAAACAAUGGAGAAUGCAAUUGAGCAGUCCAGCCAAGCAUACGAACAGCGGGUCGAGGCACUGGCACGGAUUUCCGCCAUGAAGGAAAGGCGCUGCAAAGACAUCGCACAGUAUAAUGUGGAAUUCAGGGAACUGGAGCGUGUCUUUGACCACGAGACCAAGCUGAAAGCCUUUAUGCUCAUCAAAUUAGUGGAUCGCUCAGACUUUGAGGAACAGGCCAAAAGGGAAGAAGCCCUCAAGGCGAGCAAGCGGGCCAGAAAGAGCAAAGGCGAAAGCUUUGAGAGCUACGAGGUGGCUUACAUGCGCCUGCUGAAGCUGAGCGAGGACGGGGACAUUGGCCAGCUGGUGGCAGAUUUCAUCGAGAAAGAGGAGAAGAACUUUGCGUAUUUCAGCUACGUCACCGAGUUGAACAACGAAAUGGAGAGGCUGCAGAAGAAGACACAGGACAUUCAGAAUGAAAUUCUUCACUUAAAAUCCCAACAGAAGUUUGCUGAUGACAAAAGCAACACCAGCCUCAAGGAGAUGGAGGAGAAGCUGAAGAAAACCACCGAAGAGGCCAAUCUAUACGAGUACACCUGUAAAGAGAGCAGCAAGGUCCUGGACCAGCUCAAAUCCGCUGUGGACUUUCUGUUUAAACAAAUACACUGCGAGGACACCAAGAUAAUGGAGCAGCUUGGUGAGAGUGGGGAGAUCACGGAUCUGAACCUGAUGCAGUAUUUUGGCAUCAUAGAAAAGAAAACCAAUGAUCUCCUGCUCAUUGAAUCCUUCCUGCGCUAUAAGGAGGUCGAGGGAGAGCAGGAUUCGCUCCCUUUAUUGAAUCCAUUUUUGGGUGGCACAGGACUCCUUAAGAGUACAGAUGCAGCGAAAUUACCCCCAUCUUCCCCUACCAUAGAGCACAUGGCAGAGAACAUAGAGGACUUUGAUUGGCCUUUGGACCAUGGCAGUUUGCGCAGCCUGAUUAUUGAGAACUUCGAGAAGGAAAAGUCUAGUGGGAUCUCACUGGACAAAGAGAAGAAGAGAGGGAUAAUUUUAUAGACGGGGAAAAGCAAAUACACUGGGUAUAAAUAAUAGGUUCUU